CGACGGUAUAAUCACAUCCAAAAAGGUGUGUCGUGUAUCACAGACAUUGACAGAUGGAGGAACUCAUUUGUUACUAUUUUGUGUCUGCACAGUAGUCUAGCACCAUGCCUGCUAUCCAACGCCAAGGGGCAGUGACCCAGGUCAACGGGCACAGCCACCAAACUGACCACCACGAUGGUGACCCUCACCACGAUGACCACGACGGCCACCACCAUCACCACUACAUCCAGGAUCUCCAUGGCGACAUCUUGACGCACGAAGGCGGCCAUCUCAGGCCCCUGGUCAUCAUGGAGAUAUCGGAGAAGACCACCGAGGAGACGAGGAAAUGGCUGAUCGAACGCAUUGAGGCGCCCCCAGAAAAUGGUGGUGCUGGUCUGAAGGCCAGGCAGUCUGUGAGCGAAAACGGCGGAGGUAUGGUCCUUGAGAUCGGAGCGUUGCGGGAGCGUCUACUCGAGGGCGCCGAGAGAGCUUGCCUGAAGAAGAAAUGCAAAGAUGGCACCGUUCGGGAAUUCACCCGGGUCCACUCGGACCAGUUUGAAUGUGAAGAGCCCCAUUUUUUGACAACGUGUGAUUGCCAACGGAUCAUUUAUUACCUACUCCUACACAUUCGUAACCCUACCACGAGCCACAUCCCCGGCACCAAUAAACUGGUGCUGUACGAGAAACAACGCAUCAUUCCCAAGUUAAUGGAUGCUGAGAUCGUGACCCAUCUGUACCCUCUGCACAUUGCCAGCGAGCUCUCCUCGCUGACCAAGAUAUGGUACAAGAGCUUCAACAGUCUCAACGGACAGCCCAUCGAGAGAAUCCGCGAGUACUUUGGUGAAGCCCUAGCAAUCUACUUCUCCUUCCUUGGGUUCUACACGGCUGCCUUGGUGCUACCUGCUGUAGUGGGUCUUUUGUCCUACCUGCUCGCUGCCUUCCUGGGCCCGCCAAGCCACGGCUACGCCCUGUUUGCCAUCUUCAACCUCCUCUGGACCACCCUCUUCCUGGAGGCUUGGAAGCGCAAGUGCGCGGGCAUGGCCUACUCCUGGGGCACCUACGGCAUGGUGAAGUUCGAGGAGCCCCGGCCGCAGUUCUACGGCCCGCUCCACCGCAACCCCAUCACGGGCCGGGAGGAGCCACACUACCCGAAGUGGAAGCGCAACAUGAAGAAGUUUGGCGUGUCCCUACCAGUCAUCCUGGGCUUCCUGGUGGUGGCGUUCGGGAUCAUGCUGGCCAGCUUCACCUGCGAGGACUACAUCAAGGCGCGGAUGGACAUCACCAAGAUGCCGGGGAGUGUGGUUUUCCUGCUGCCCAGCAUGAUCUACGCGGUCGCCAUUGUGGUCAUCAACAAAUUCUACCGGCAGUUGGCGUCAUACCUUAAUGACUGGGAGAACCACCGUCUAAAUUCAACUCAUGAGAACAACUUGAUUAUGAAACUGAUCGUGUUUGACUUUGCCAACUGCUUCAUGGCUCUCUUCUACGUCGCUUUUUACCAGCAAGACAUGGUCCGACUUCAGAAGUACCUGGCCACCCUCCUGAUUGUCCAGCAGCUCAUCGAGCAGUUCCUGGAGACGGGACUGCCUUACCUCAUCCUACGCUUCUGGCGCAAGGGGGACAAGGUGCUGGAGGCAGCCGAGAAGAAGAAAGACGACGACGCCAACGUGGAGGCGGCCAAAGGGCUCGCUGAGGAGCAGAGCAAGAUGGACGUCUAUCCCGGCACUUUUGACGACUAUCUGGAGCUGUUCCUCCAGUUUGGCUACGUCUUCCUGUUCUCGGCGGUCUACCCUCUGGCCGCGCUGUGGGCCCUACUCAACAACAUCAUUGAGAUCCGCUCUGAUGCCUUCAAGAUCAGUCGGGUGUGUCAGCGACCCUUUGGCCAAUCGGCAGAAGAUAUAGGAACCUGGCAGGUUGUCUUUGAGAUCAUGGGCAUCGUUGCCGUUCUGACCAACACCUCACUGAUGGCCAUGUCUCCGGAAGUCAAGGCCUUCUUCCCUGACAUGAGCGCCACCCACUACAUCCUUAUGUUUGUCGCAUUUGAGCACAUUCUGCUGGGCCUGAAGGCUGCCAUCGCUAUUCUGAUCCCUGAUCUGCCCAAGUGGAUGGAGGUGGAGCUAGCGAGGGAAGAGUUUGAAUCCAGACAGGCAUUCCUUCAGAUGCUUGCCGAGAAACGGCAUGCAGAAGAAGAAAAUAAACAACUGGAGGCGGCAAAAGCACCACUGGAGAAGACUUCUCUGGAAGAGGUUGGAGAAACCACUGCCUGAUGCGGUAACCAUGGUAACAGAAUACCCAUCAUGUAACAGGGAAAUUGUCACCUCGUGUUUAUUUGAUGUUCAUUUCAUGUUAACGUUAGUUGGAUAAGAUGAGAACUUGGAGUGGGAGUCGAGCCUUAUUUGACUUUGAAAAUCUGAGAAAAAAAACAGUCUGAAGUGUCAAAAUUUUAAAAAGCCAUCUUUUACAUUCAGAUCAUCUCAAACCUAAAAAAGUACUUGUUUGGUGGUCAUGAAACCUCUCUGUGACAUUGUACCAAGGAGCUGUAAACAUCACCUUACAAGUGAAAAAAACGGCCAUUUCAUUGCCAAACCUUUUUCCUUUCUCAUUCUGAACAAAGGUUGUUACUUCUAUUUUUUUCUUUUUACAAACAUACCAGGUAAAUACUUCUGGUAAAUACUUGCCCAUAUUGUCUUCACGCCAGGUGCAGACCUUAAGAUAUAUUCAACAAUCCAUUUGAAAUAAACUCGCCAUUUUUGUAUUUUUAUACUUUGUGUACACUCAUUCACAGUUUUAUUGCAGCUGAUGGUUGCCUCGUUAUGAAAACUGCCUCUUAGUAUGUCUGAUUGUGGGGUCAUUGUGCAACACAGCAAUGCCUGUGUACCAGGAAGAUUGUUCAAAAUGGCUGACGUGAUGCAACAGGGUUCAAUGCCUCGGAAAUGCAUUAUGGGGCAUGGUUUACGGGCAUAUUAGUUGAGCACAGGGGCCAUUAUGAUUGAGUUGUUAAGUGGAGACUAUUGCAAUUAAGAAAUGCUAAUGCUGAGCUUAAAAAAAUGAAAGAGAACAAAUGGAGAGCAUUAGACGUGGUAGGAUUUGUUUGUGAGGUAUCUUGACGAUUGUUCUGGGGGAACAACAGUGGUAAAGAUAUCCCACCCAGGAGUGCAAUUAACUCAUUGCAAUUCGAGAGUUGCCCACAUCCCUUAAACAACUCUGGAAUUUGUACGUCAAGUUUUGGUUGCCUCAGAUAUUGCAUGUCCAGCAUUUAAUGGACAAUAUGUCACAAGCUGCGUUGACGUGAUUCUACCACGAUGGGUCAAUAACCAUGAUCUUUCUGAGGUGAGACCAGAACCCACAUUCUCAAAUCCUCGGCGAGAAACAAUGAAUCAGGCUUCGGAUGGAUAUAACAUGGGCUCCGCUUCAAGCCACUUGCUAGUCACUCUCUACAGACAUGUUUGUAAUGUCCAUCCACAGCUAAUCAAUUCAAACAUAGCCCUAGACUCCCGAAUAGCCAUUCCACAGCACAGCUUCCAUCCGGGCAUGAAUGGUUGAUGUGCAAAUGCUUAAAUCUUAAGAUGUACAGUCAUUUGCAAAAGUUUAAGACCACCUGGAAUUUUAUUGGUAUUUCUGUCACUGGGCCUGCAUUAC